AUGGCCACCGAAACGCUGAAGUUACGGCAAGUCAUCAGGUCGCCUACCACCAUUCAGUAUAGGAAACAUGCUCUUCGGAACAAGCCAUUCUAUACGCCAGCUUUCGCCUUGACAAAAGAGAAAUGGCAACGCACCCUCGCCCAGCCCUGGCUCAAAGAAACCAAUCCACUCAUGCCUCCCUACCCUUACGGCGCCAACGAGCACUUUCCCGAAGCGAAUUACGGUCUCUACGGCGGCACAACCAUCAGAUCAGGUAACAAGAUCUCCAAAGGCCGCAACAAGGGCAAGACCAAGCGCAAAUGGUUUCCCAAUAUUCGUCUCGCAAAGCUUGAGUCCAAAGCGCUGGAAAAGGACCUCUACAUCCCCGUGCGCGCCAGAACGAUGCGUACGAUCAAGAAAUGUGGUGGUCUGGAUGAGUAUCUAAUGGGCCACAAGCCUGCGCGGAUAAAGGAGCUGGGUCUGUUAGGCUGGAAGCUGCGGUGGUUGGUCAUGAGGAGCCCAGCUAUGCAAGCACAGUUCGCGAAGCAACGGACUGACUUGGGCUUGGACGUCAGAGAUCCCCUAUCAGAAACCUUCGAGCAGGUAUGGAACGAUCCAAGGAGGCGGGAGGUACUGCUAGCACAGCAAGACCGCGCGUGGGAGAAAAUGAAGCUGAACAUGGAGAAUUGGGAAGAGCACAUGAAGCGCCAGCAUGAGAAGCCUAAAGAUCGGCAACAGAAGGUCUUGAGCCCUGCGCUGAUCAACUCGAAGCCCAGCGAUUACAGGUUCCCGGAAUUAGAGGAAUCGGACCAAGGUGUGGGGUUGUGGGAGAUCGAGAAUAACAAGAGCCUCGAACGGGCGAGGGGGCUUCCUGAGCCAGAGAAACAGACGUCGGGGGAAGUGCCGGACCAGGCCAGACUUCUGACACCCACAGAGGAGGCAGUGCCUCCACAAGAUACAGAGGUGGAGGAAAGUGAGCAAAGGAGCCAGGAAUCGGAUGAAGGUCGACUCCUGGCACCGGCGGAGGAUGCAUUGCCUUCACGACAACUGGAGGAGGAGCAAAACUCGUUGGCUCGAAAGGUCGACGGGCUCAAAUUACAGGAGAGCGAACAACACCGGCCGAGUCGAUAG